AUGACAUCACCCAGCACUGCUCACCAUGACAAGCGUUUGGGGAAGCAUGCAAACCGUUCUGUCAUGGGGACAAUGGGCUGUCAGAAGACUUGCAAGGUGGAGAAACUCCUGAAGCAGCCCCAGCGGGAGGUGGUGUGGAGCCAGAGACAAAGGUUAGCCACAGCAAAGAAGAACAGCCGAAUGAGGGAUACAGAGAAGCUUAGAAAUGAAGUUUCUCCCCUCCAGCUCCCAGAUGUGCAGCGCGUGGAUAGCUUUCAUCUUCUAGAGGCCAACAGCAGAGCUCUGAGACUUGGCCCGGAGACCUUGAGCCACCAGAGGCUAAAGCAGAAAUUACUGGAGACUGAGAUCAGCACCAGAAGGAAGGAGUGCGAAGCUCUUGAGGCAGAGGUGAAGAAAAAGAAUCAAACAUGUCAGACUUUGGAGAAUGAGCUUCAAGAUUUCCUUCAGGAGAAUAAGCACUUUAACCUCCAAUUGUUCAACAGUAGCCACAAGGCAUCUGAGCAUGAGAAGGUGAAGUCUGAGUAUGCCCAGCUCAAAGAGACCCUUGGUGCUGUGACGCAGGAGAGAGAUUUAGCCCUGUGGGAGAAGAACCAGCUCCAAGACAAACUGGAGAACCUAGAGCAGGUGCUCAAGCAUAUGCGCGAGGCUGCAGAGCGGAGGCAGCAGCUAGAGUUGGAGCAUGAGCAGGCCUUGGCUGUACUCAAUGCAAAGCAGCAGGAGAUUGACCUUCUUCAGAAGGCUCAGGUUGAAGCUAAAAAGGAACAUGAAGGCGCUGUCCAUCUGUUAGAGAACCACUUGGACAGCAUGCAGGCCAAAGUACGGGAGCUGGAGGAAAAAUGCCGGAACCAGAGCGAGCAGUUCAACCUCCUGUCCAAGGAGCUGGAGAAGUUCCGGCUCCAAGCUGGGAAGUUUGACAUCCUCAGCACUGAACCGUUAACUUUAUGUGAAUCUCCAGGGUCACCCAACAAAUCCCUGUCCCAGCUCCUCAAUGGACUGGCUGCCCCCAUAGGAAAAGGCAAUGAAGCUCCAACAAGCAGAUCUUUGAUAUCAGAGUUCAUUCGGCCGCUCCAAAUCAGUGGAGACAAGCCAGAGCUCCUCUCCGUUAAGCCAACAUUCCUCACACGCAGUCGAACCCGAAGCCCAGCAUUCCUCUCUGAGAUGGACAAAGAGCUCGGCUCAACAACCAGGUCCAAACUAAGAUUCACAGGGAAGGUCCGUCUGUGCAUUGCUAGGUACAGUUACAAUCCUUAUGAUGGGCCUAAUGAGCACCCUGAGGCAGAGCUCCCCCUGGUGGCAGGGAAGUACCUCUAUGUUUAUGGGACGAUGGAUGAGGAUGGCUUUUAUGAAGGGGAGCUGCUGGAUGGACAGCGGGGACUUGUCCCAUCCAAUUUUGUGGACUUUAUCCAAGAUGAGGAAACAUCGUCCACCCAACAAAGGGACACAGUAGCUAAAGAACCUGGCUACCUCAACCACAGUAGCCUGGGGGCCCAGAGACAUGGGGUGGGCACAGGAACGGGAACAGGCAUAAGCAGCCUGCUGUGUGACAGUAAACUAGACUGUCUCAGCACCAGCAGCUUGGGCAUGGACCUCCUGGGCUCCUCCAGCAAUGGGACAGGAACCUUGGAUGUCAAUAUUGACGAGGUUGGUGAAGACAUUGUGCCUUAUCCCCGCCGCAUCAACCUAAUUAAACAACUUGCCAAGAGUGUGAUUAUUGGCUGGGAUGCUCCUGUGGUCCCGCCGGGCUGGGGCACCAUCAGUGGCUACAAUGUCUUGGUGGACAAGGAGCUGCGCAUGAGUGUCCCCUACGGGGGCAGGACAAAGUCUCUUAUUGAAAAGCUCAAUUUGGCCACCAACACCUACCGUAUCUCAGUUCAGAGCAUCACUGACAGAGGCCUAUCAGACGAGCUGCGGUGCACUCUGCUCGUGGGAAAGGACGUGGUGGUGGCACCUUAUUAUCUACGAGUGGACUGUAUAACGCAGGUUUCUGCUGAGCUCUCUUGGAUGCCCAGCAACAGCAACUACAGUCACACCAUCUUCCUGAAUGGCGCAGAGUAUGACAUGGUCAAAGCAGGAGGCUAUAAGUACAAAUUCUUUAACCUGAAGCCCAUGACCGUUUACAAAGUGAAGGUUGUGGCGCAGCCGCAUCAGGUGCCUUGGCAGCUUCCAAUGGAUCAAAGGGACAAGAGGGAAAUCUCCGUGGAGUUCUGCACACAGCAUGCAGGGCCUCCUCAUCCUCCCCAGGAGGUGCAGGUUCAGUGUGGUCAGACGCCUGGCGUCCUGCAGGUCAGAUGGAAGCCACCACCUCUGACGCCUUCAGGAACCUCCAACGGCGCCUGUGUGAUUGGUUACGCUGUGUGCACAAAAGGACAAAAGAUAGCAGAGGUCUUAUACCCCACAGCAGACUUUGUGAGCGUGGAGUUAAACAGGAUUCAGUGUCUGGAGGCCCGAGAAGUCAUUGUAAGGACGUUGUCAACACAAGGGGAGUCCCAGGACUCGCCCGUGGCCAUCAUCCCGCACAAUCUCUUGGGCUCUCCCCACCUUUCACGCAGGACCACAAGUCAUCCUAUUCCCCAAUCAGUGCAUUCACAAACCCACCCUCCUUACCCAUCAACAUACCCGCCCAAUCACCCACAGCCACAAGUUCAGCCUCUGCCUCGAGCCCAACCCCAUACACUGCCCCACGCACAGCCACACUCUCAGCCUGGCCGUCAUCCCCCUCCCCAUCCCCAGCCUCAGCCUCAGCCUCAGCCUCAUUUUCAGCGUCACCCCAUGCCCAAGUCCAAACCGUUAGUAAGUGCCAGAGAGCCAGAAACCAAAGAGCAUGAAGUGGGCCUACGGUCGACCCCGCACUGGGAGCGAUCCCCCUCUCCGCUGCCUCCAAUGCGCGGACCAAACCUGGAGCCACCGCACUUCCAGCCACGGCGAUCACCCUCUCCUCAGAGGAUCCUGCCGCAGCCUCAGGGAGUCCCCAUCCCCAACACCAUCGCCAAGGCCAUGGCCAGGGAAGCUGCCCAGAGAGUCUUUGCCGAGGGCAACCGGGUGGAGAAGAGGAACAUCUUUAGUGACCGAGGAAACGCCCUACAAUCGCUAAACUCUGACGAGGAGGAGGAUGGCUAUGAUUCUCCUCAUGCGAGGAGGAGAGGAGCCUCGGUGGAUGAAUUCCUCAGAGGCUCAGAGCUGGGCCGACAGCAUCAUUACCAUCACUACAGCCACAGUGAGGAGUACCACACAGAGAGCAGCCGGGGCUCUGACCUGUCUGACAUCAUGGAGGAGGACGAGGAAGAUCUCUACUCUGAGAUGCAGCUGGAGGAGGGUCGUAGGCGCAGCAUCAACUCUCACAACACUCUUAAGGCUUAUUACAAGCGUCAGGACUUAGCUGAGGAAAGAGACUGCUGGGACCUCCAGAGGGAGGUGGUGAAGCAGAAGUCGCUCCGCAGCAAGCGCCUCCACAGCAUCCCUGAGGUGGCAGAGGAAGAAUCGGACUGUGUAGAUGGCAUGGGCCAGCACCUUAGCUUUGAAGACAGUGGGCGGCCGGGGACGCCACACACUCAGAGGAAGAUGUACCCCAGGAACAACCACAUCACCCCCAACAAGAGCACCCGCUACCUGCAACGCCAGCGUUCCUCCCCUCGCUUCACUGACAGCCGCUACUACUACAACGCAGAUGAGCGCAGCUUAGGAAGACUCAACCGCCAGAGCACUAAGAGUCCUGACAGUGGUUUGGACUGUGGCAGCGAGGAGGAAGGCUCCUUGGGCCGGAGUCAUCGAGGGUAUUAUGCUCAUGGAAGCCCCAUGCGGGGGCCAGUGCACUUCAUCCACUGUGAAGGCCCUGUAGAAAGGAGAGCGCUGGCUAUGGGCCGUAAAAGGACUCUGACCCGGCAGUGCAGCGUGGAGGAGGACUAUCCAGGGACUUCAACCAAAUCGGUACACACGGGUGACUUUAAGAACAGGGAGCACUUUGGGCCUGGUCGUGAGCGUAACUACUCCAGGGAAGGGGCACUGAGCGAGGGCCGGCUGAACGAGCUGGACAGGGCCUAUUACAGCCCCCACAGGGAGGCUAGGGCCCACUCUAUGUCCAGGCUCAACCGGGACCAGCCGCUGAUCAUUGGAAACUCAUCACAUGGAAACGCUGAUCGUCCAGAGCACUCAGGGAGGAGGCUGGUUCACAUCGGCAACCCCCCUCAGCAACGGCCCAUCCCAUCCAUUGAGAUCACCAUGGACAGUAACAGUGAGGGGAGUGAGGGGAACCUCUCACCCGUCAAGGAGGAUGUUUACUAUGGCAGUGUAGCUCGGCGCAGGAUAUGGCGGUCUUUGUCCUCAGAGGAUCAAUAUGACGGCUAUAGCGGGCGAAGGCACGGGCGGGGACGGCGUUCCCUGGAUUACUACGAGGAGUCGGAGCUGGAUGAGUUGACCCGGGUGUUCGUGGCUCUGUUUGACUAUGACCCCAUGUCCAUGUCUCCCAACCCGGAUGCUGCGGAUGAGGAGCUGCCAUUCAAGGAGGGCCAGAUCAUCAAGGUGUUUGGGAAUAAAGACAAAGAUGGCUUCUACAGGGCAGAGAUCAGAGACAGAGUGGGGCUCAUCCCCUGUAACAUGGUCUCUGAGAUCCAGACGGAGGAUGACGACAUGAUGGACCAGCUCCUCAAACAGGGUUUCCUGCCACUCAACACUCCUGUGGAGAAGUUAGUGAACUGUGACCGUUUCAAAGAUGGGCGCUCAAUAAAUCGCAGGUCCAGAAAGUCUAAGAGAGAAAGAAACAGGCGGAGUGGCCGUCAACAUCCAAUGUCCACACGGAGAAUGGUGGCUCUGUACGACUACGACCCUCGAGAGAGCUCCCCUAAUGUUGAUGUAGAGGCUGAACUGACUUUCUGUGCCGGUGAUGUCAUCAUGGUUUUUGGUGAAAUUGAUGAAGAUGGCUUUUACUAUGGCGAGCUCAAUGGACACAAGGGACUUGUUCCUUCCAACUUUCUAGAAGAAGUGCCUGACGAUGUGGAGGUUUUUCUCACUGACUCACCAUCUCGAUACCCCCAGGACACUCCAGCACGGAUAAAGACCAAAAGGAAGAAGAGUGUUCAUUUCACACCUUAAAGGCUCUGUUUCCGUCACGUAAGUGAGCAACUGAGGAUACCACGAUUACGCUCCCCUCGUCUAAUGCAGAUGACAUGGGUCCCCUUAGUUUCUGGUAUGCAACACGUGUACUCUAUCUGACAUUCCUUCAGCUCUGCUUUGUCUUUAGGAAGUUUUAGGACUCUUCUUUGUUGUACCAAAACUGUACAUGAUGUCUGUUGGUAGGAAAGUCAACCCCAGCCAAUGCAUUAGACAAGAAGUAUGGUAUCUUCAGUUGUUUCUCUGAGUGUUGUACAUGACAAUGUCCGUCUCCUGCAAUAAGCCUCCUGCUGUAAUUCAUGCUGAGCUAAAAGGCCAGAAUUGGUCGAUCAAAUCCCACAAAACAUUAAUAUUCAAAGUGGCAACAUGUGGACUACUUUAGUGCAGUAGAGCAUUCUAGAAAGACAUCCAGAAGAAAAUCUAUGCAAACAUGAGAAGACAAGCAAAAAGAAUUUUGGGGUUUUAUUUUUCUAAUGCAUUUCAGGUUUCGUUAUUUUUUCAGAAUCCAAUCAGAGACUCUUUUUAAUAAAUUCCAACAAUGUCACAGACUUCUUAGUCACCCAAGAUUACCUUUAGGUUAGACUGCCGAGAUACUGAUUUAAAGCGAGACUUUGUAACCAACCUCUGAUGAACAGAUGAUGUAAAAUUACUACUCAAUACAUAAGCAAUUAUCUACAAGUUCUUGUAGCACAAAAGGUCAAGAGUCAAAAAUGGAAACAUAUUCUAUCUUCUAUAAUAGCGCUAUUUAGUCAAAGUGUAGUAAUGUUAGCUUAGAUUAGCCACCAUAAGCUACUAGUCAUAAUACUUGGCCUGGUAAGGCACUAAAAAACAAACUAAAGAUUGUAUAAAGGAAGUGGAUGUGACCACUGAUAUGAAGCUCCUCACUAAGGCCAAAGUUUGAUUUUUACUCCAUCAUUAUCAUUAUGUUUUAAAAACACCACACUAAGGGUGGCUGUGAAAUCCUGAGGUCAAAAUGUAAUAAUUUAGGGUGCUUUCACACUUAUUGCUGUCUUUCUCUUUAGCAGUCAAGAUAACAACUGAUGCAUUGUUGCGAUUUUCUCUUGGGUUGGUUGUUUUGGAUUCACACUGCAAUAUCCUACAGCUGGCCAAAAGACAGGCUGUCCUCAUGCCAUUAUAUCAUUUGUAAACCAAUGCAUAGCCUACUAGUCAAACUUUGCAUUCAUGAUACCACGUGGGUUUACUUGGAGCACAGGGAGGUCAAAAGCCGUAGCUACACUUGAGCCAAUGAGCAUUUUUACCGAAAGUUUGACACCGCUUACAAAACAGUCCAUGAACAAGAGUGUCUCUCAAAGCUCUGCCAGUGCUAAGGUUUAAUGUUUGACUAUGUUAUCUGGUAUUGAGUGGUGUUCUUAACUUUUUUUUAGGAUGCAUGGUUUUGGUUUUCUAGUGGACAAAAAAAAAUUGUUAUAUUUGUGAGUUCUCUAGUUAUAUUCAAAAUUUGUUGUCACAAAGGCAUCACAGACAAGCAGCUAAAUGCCACCAAUAAACAAGGUCACCUUCAAACUGCUUCACCUGUGAGUGUAGGCAGAGACACUCUGACAGCUGGAUGCAAAAGUAGAAACCAGCUUGCUAAACGUGGAGGUUCUAGUGAUGAGAAGGAAAACUUUCCCUGGUUCACAGUCUGGAUUUAUGAUGCAUUCCAUUUCAUCUCAGAACUUGGAAAUUCAGAGUUGACAUCAUCAAAAAAGGGCCAUGAACUCAUAAUUCCGACUAGUAAAAUCAGAGCAACCCCCAUUGCCCCAGUUCCAAGCUCAUAACAAAUUUAAUACAUUUAACUUGGAUGUGACAUAAUUCCCAGCUCUGACAUCUGAGGUAAAUGCCACGCAGAAAAAAUUCUAGAUCUAAAUAAGUUGUUGAACCAGACAAAGUUGUUGAAACCUGUGAUGCUCUGCUGGCAAGACAGUGAGUAAAGUUAGCUUGCUGCAAUUUUUAUGAUGAUUAGUGUCAGAGCACUAAAAGCUGUGUAAACACCCAACUGGAUUGUAAAUGGUUGUUAUUCCUAUUAUUUUAUAAUCAGAUGCAAACAGAAUUGCCUGGUCGCCGUAUUGCUGCUACUGGAGUGUAAUAAGUCUAGCUUAAUUGCUUUUCACUGCAAACAAACUACUUCAAAUAAAAGCUGCUGAGAUCACCUCUUCUGAGCGAUUUCGAUUGUCGUGAUCAAACAAACCAGGCCAAAGAGGAAAUGCCGCUAAAUUUCGUUAUUGUUUCACAUAAUCCAGGUGUGAAAGCACCCUUAGUCUCAAUACCAUGCGUUUUAAAAUGAUACAGUCUCCCUCACUGAAAUGAAAUCAGAAAGUAUCAGAGUUUUAAAAACAAACUUCUGCGAGCAAGAGAAUGGUCUUUACAUUCACGGUCCAAAUUCUGACAAUAAAAAUUUCUUCUGGCUGCUAACAAAGAUAAAAAAGCCACGUUGAUGGCCCAAGAGGAGGUGGCACUCUUAAUAGCACAAUUUCUGUGGCAACUUUUGAGUACUAAACCUUACCACUGUGCUGGAGUUUGCCUGUAAUAUUUGGUGAUCAAAAAUGAAGUAAUUGCCCAAUAUUAGACACCUGGAACCUUUAUUUUUGAUGCAAUGGUACUGAAACAGAUACAGAUACUAUCUGGGCCUCACCAAUAAUGCAUUGAGGUUCAUAUCGUGGUUGACAGAAUGCUGUAAUGGAGAUUUAUCAGUCACAGAAAACUACAUUCAAAUCAUCUUUUUCUUCACUGCUUUAAACCAGCUGAACUCAUACAAGCAGUGAGGUCUCCCUCUGCUGGCCUUUAGAAAGAAUGCAGGUUUAAGGCACCUCUAAAUUGGCUUAACUUUAAAAGUCUCAAACUGCCUCCGAUAUUAAACUGACAAGAGUUUAACUUAUUUUCCCAGUAGGGAAAUAAUUUAUUUGUACUUUCAGAAGUUAUGUCUCGCUUUAAAGUCAGUCUAAAGUGAGCCAAAUACAGCAGAGUGAUUCACCUGUACUGGGGUAUAAUCUGGGGAUCUGACAGUACACGUUCAGCUUUAGAGAUUCUCUUUGAGUUAUAGAGUUUAUUACAAAUUUAACCUUCAAUCACCCAAAGUGCAUUUUCCCAGAAGCCUUUUAGCUCAUGAUUACAGCAAAGGACUAGUGACCGGUAGUUUCUCUGUAACCCAGUUGUACCAGUAAAAAUCCAUAUCCAGUAUAAUUGAGAGAAAAGAUUGUGGUUGUGAUAUAAAUAUGUCCCAAUUGUGUCCCAAAAUGCAAAUGUAUCUGUUGAUGUGAGAGAAACUGCCCCGCCUUUGUUGGGAAAUGUUGUCACCUGAAAUUGAUGUGGAAGUUAGUGGAUGUCAUGCUUUAACUCUGUGCUGUUGUAAAUUACUCAUAGCAACUUGGAAAAUAAUAUCUAUUUCUACCUGGGUGGGAGGGUGAGCUUCUAUGCACAGGACAACAACCAGGGAGGUAGACGCCAGAGCUAUGGUGGCCCUACAGAGGCAGAAAGGACAAAAAGAGAAGUAGAGGCUGAGGUGUGACAGACCGCUGGCCUUUUUAACACCCUCAACUGUCCCUUACGGGUCUCCCAUUAGGUUCCAUUGGAAAAAUCGGCUCCGCCCAGAAGAGCAGCCUCUCCCACAGUGCGUCCACACAUCCCCGGCUCCGGCCCCGCCACCAUGGGGCCCAGCAGCCCCAUCAGGGCCCCACUGGA